AUGAACGUUUCAGCUGGCAAAACGUCAAGAAUUGUGCACAAGAACAACCCUAAGAAAAAGAAACAGCGCGCACAGAUCAGACCCAAGCAUAAAAAUAAGCCAUCGCCAUCACACCACAUACCCGCCUUAGCAACUACUACAUCCAUUGUCAUUGCCACAAAUCAACCGAGAGUACAAGAUGCUCCUAUUGUCUUUCUGUCAACGCCAAUACCGACUGCGACGCCAUUGCCACUCCCUAGUGGCGACAAUGCUUCUUUUCCAUUGAAUGUGGCAGAUCAAGAUGAUGACCAAGGCUUCUAUCAAGUAGAAGAAACAGAAUACACGGCAUCAGCAGCAGCAAUUCAUAAAAUGGAGGAUACUGCAUCCAUCACUGCGCAACAGCAGCAACCAAAAUCCGUCUCCACAGCCACCCAAGUAACGCAGAUUGCAGCACCUGUCAUUGGCGUCUUUGGCGGCAUUGCACUGAUUGCUGCUGCCAUGUUUUACGUUGUCAGAAAGAGAAAGAGAAACAGCAUGUUGGUGCAAGACAGGAGCAGCAACAAGAAAUUCGACUUUAAUAACGACAGCGCUGACGCUAAAUCCAUACACGAUACAGACGGUGAAAUGCAUGACAUUUCAUUGUUGGAGGAUGAUGAAGCGAUCAUGACGAUGGGCCAACCACCCAAAUUAACGCCUGCUCAUGCUAACAACACAACUGCCAUUAUGAAUCACCACUACUUGGAUCGUUCAACCCUAAUUAAUGUCCCUGAAAAUCACCCUGUAAAUAAUUCAUCAAAUAUGACGGAUCACUGGCACUACCCUUCUCGUGCAAAUUCCCUUCAUCUCCCUCCAUUGUCCUAUAGAAACUCAUAUCGUUCAUCCACCACAAGCACGGUCUACACGGACGCACUGAUGAGCCCCAUCUCAACUGUGUUUGACAACCCUCACCAUGUGUCCUCAUUCCUCAUGAUUGCAGAACGCCAACAAUUGCAGCAUCAACGACCAAGCAUCCUGGAUCAUUUCAAUAAUGGCAGCGAUAUCAAACCAAGUCGAUCCUCACCCAUUGAAACCUACAAAGCUCAAUUGGCCGAGCUUACUGUGCUGGAUAUUGAGGACGAGGAUGAACAAGGCCAGCAGGAACCACCUAACGACCCUUUGCUCCCAUUUUCCACAGUGCUCGAUCUAACAGAGGUUUAUUGA